UGGCACAUUAGAACGUUGCUAUUCAUUUUUUUCCAUGUCCACACAUCGUUGGGAAUUUCUGAUAGCAGCUACAGGUAAAAGUUUAAAAAGAGUUCAAGAUACGCGGUGGAGUGCAAGAGGCGAUGCCGUAGAAAUGACAUUGCAUCAUUACAAAGACAUUCUCUUCACUUUGGAAAAACUGACAGAAAUAGGUGAAAGCUUAAACACAAGAACAGAUGCAGGAAUUUUGCUAGUUGCGAUGCAGUCAUUUUCCUUUCUUUCUUUCUUGGGCCUCUGGCAACCGGUGCUACAUGAAGUGAAUGACGCACAAAAAUAUUUACAAACAAAGGGACUUGACAUAAGACUGUGCGCUCAGAAAGUAAAUGCUUUGCAGAUGGUACUGAUAGAGAAACGAGAGGGAUGGGCAGAUGGCGCUGUAAAUUAUGCAAAAAAUCUGUGUGAAGAACUUGGCAUUUCCAUGAAACCUCAGAGGCGCAUAACGAGAAGGCACAUUUUUGAUGACGGAACCAGAGAUGCCAACUUGUCUUAUGAAAAUGAGUUGAGACGGAAGCUGUUUUAUUCGUUAAAUAGAAUAAUUGUAGAAAUUCGUGAGCGUUUCCAGCAGCUACAGAAUUUGGCGGAUAAGUUUGCUUAUCUAACGCCGGCUAUAUUACUAGAUUCGGACGAUACUAAAUGUAAUCUAGACUACGUAUCUGCCGAAAUUGACGAGCAGGACUUCAAGCUGGAACGACUUCGACUGCGGACUUUUAUUGCUGCCACAGGCAACGAAAAUAAAUUAAUUAAUGCGGACUCACUUGAAUUAUUAAAAUUUAUUGUGAAAUCCAAGCUGGAAGAUUCUCUACCCAAUAUUAUAAUAAUGCUCCGAAUAUUCCUCACAAUUGCCAUAAGUAAUGCCAGCUGUGAGAGGAGUUUUUCAAAAUUGAAAUUGAUCAAAAAUUAUUUAAGAUCAUCUAUGAGUACUUUAAGGCUAACCAAUCUGGCUAUCUUGUCUAUUGAGCAAAAGGUAUGUGAUGCUAUAGACCUUGAUAGUGCAAUAAAAGACUUUGCUCUUAAAAAAAGUAGACGAAUAAAGUUUUAG